AUGUCUGACGCCCAGAUCGCUGGAGGCCAUAAGGCAAACAUCAAGAACCCCAAUACCUCGCAGGAGUCCAAGGAGCACUCCAAACAGGUCCUCGAGAAAGAGUUCAACGGCGGUAAUGUUCCCAAGGCCGGCGACUCCGACGAGGGCAAGAACCCCUGCAAUGUUGCUGGAGCUCGGUACACACUUGUUCUCACAACCGACUUUUCUAGGGCUAUGAAAAACCCCAACGUCUCAGACGAGGCCAAGGAGGAGGCCAGGAAGAAGCUCGAGGGCAUGGAGCAGUAG